CGUAAAGGACUUCAAUAAAGUAAGAAAAAGGCUUUUAAAGAUUUGUGAAGGAAAAAAAAUAGUAAUAAAGCCCACUAAAUUAAACAUUACACUAACUCAAGGCUAUAUAUAGAUAUAUAUUCUUGUGAAGUCAUAGCAAGAAACCAGAAGAUCAAUCAUAUUCCUUUUGUUACAAUAUUGUAGCAUCGGCACAGCAAUAUUGUUUCAACAACUCAGUUAUUGGAAAUGGUUUUAUUACUAGCCUUAUUACUGCUCUUGAGCACAAAUGGAAUAGAAAGCCGAAAAGUGCUGCUAGUUGAGAGCUUUGAGUACUCAGCCAUCAACUGCAGAGGCCACAGUGCCUCAUUGACUGAUUUUGGAGGAGUUGGCGACGGAAUCACAUCGAACACGGAGGCUUUUCAGGCUGCAAUCAGUCACCUGAGUCAGUUCUCGUCGGACGGUGGAUCGUUGCUCUUCGUCCCGCCUGGGAAAUGGUUGACCGGAAGCUUCAAUGUCACCAGCCAUUUCACUCUUUUUCUCCACAAGGACGCUGUUCUACUUGGUUCUCAGGAUGAAAAUGAAUGGCCGGUGAUUGAACCCUUACCAUCAUACGGUAGAGGAAGGGAUACAGAAGGUGGAAGAUUUAGCAGUCUUAUCUUUGGAACAAAUCUCACUGACGUUAUAAUUACAGGUGACAAUGGCACUAUUGAUGGCCAAGGUGAAUUAUGGUGGCAAAAGUUUCGCAGUAAACAGUUACUAUACACCCGACCGUACCUGAUCGAGCUCAUGCAUUCUGAGAAUAUUCAAAUAUCGAAUCUCACUUUGGUCAACUCUCCAUCUUGGAAUAUCCAUCCCGUUUACUGCAGCAAUGUCAUUGUUCAAGGCAUCACAAUCCUUGCUCCUGUAACUUCUCCAAACACUGAUGGGAUCAACCCAGAUUCUUGCACAAAUACGAGAAUUGAGGACUGUUACAUUGUCUCGGGGGACGACUGCAUAGCAGUGAAGAGUGGGUGGGACGAGUAUGGCAUAGCAUUUGGGAUGCCAACAAAACAGCUCGUGAUCAGACGCCUGACCUGCAUAUCCCCAUUCAGCGCCGUGAUUGCGUUGGGAAGCGAGAUGUCCGGCGGGAUCCAGGACGUCAGAGCGGAGGACAUUGUAGCCAUCAACUCAGAGUCAGGAGUCAGGAUCAAAACAGCAGUGGGGAGAGGAGGCUUUGUGAAGGACAUAUACGUCAGAGGCUUCACAAUGAAAACCAUGAAAUGGGCAUUUUGGAUGACAGGGAAUUAUGGUUCCCACCCUGAUGACAAGUAUGACUCCAAUGCUCUCCCUCUGAUCCAGAACAUAAACUACCGCGACGUGGUCGCGGAGAAUGUGUCGAUGGCCGCCAGAUUGGAGGGAAUUCCCGGUGACCCUUUUACCGGAAUUUGCCUUUCCAAUGUCACAAUUGGACUCGCAAAGAAGCCAAAGAAAUUGCAGUGGAAUUGUACAGACGUGUCUGGUAUUUCGAGUGGCGUGGUUCCUCAGCCUUGCCCGCUUUUGGCUGACCAAGGUCCGGAUGCGGCCACAACAUGUGCAUUCCCAGAAGACACAUUGCCUAUUGAAAAUGUUCAAGUCCAGACGUGCUCUUACAGAAGGGGGUGUUUUUGAUGUGUACAUUUUUAAGUUAAAACAAAUCAAAAUUGGUGGUUGUUAAUUUACUCCGUUUAUGGUUUCCACAAAUCAAUCGGAGCAAUAUAUGUAUAUAUACAUAUACACACAUCAAGAAUUGCCUAAAUCAAUCAGAUUAGUAUAUCAACCACUAUGUUGAUCAUAAUGA